GAGCCGCUCUAAAGUGGGCCAGGCAGCUGUGCGCAUCCAGACGCACCUUUGCCAGCCAUAGCAUCUUGCUGUCUCAGCUGAUGGCCAGGAAUUAAGCUGUCACCUGUGUCACAAUGGAAGAGAUGAGGAAGACUGCCGUGCAAAUGCAGAGGCCUGUAAAGACUGAGUGGAAUUCCCGGUGCGUCCUUUUCACCUAUUUCCAAGGAGACAUCAGCAGCGUCGUGGAUGAACACUUCUCCAGAGCUCUGAGCAAUGUCAAGAGCCCCGAGGGAUCGAGCCUGUCAAGCCAGAGUGAAGAUGUGAUCCUGAGGAAUGAUAGUGACAUGCCUCCAAAUCAGUGGCGUUUCUCUUCUCAGUGGACAAAGCCACAGCCGGAAGUAUCUUUUGCAAAUGGUGCUGCCAACUGCAGCUUGAAUGAGUCUGGUCCCAUGGCUAUGGAUCAGUACCCACCGUCCCUGACUGCGAGCCCCUCCAGUCAGCCUGGCGAGAUGUGGCAUUUCUCCUCCCUAGCCAGCCCCAGCUCCCCAGACCCUGGCUACUCUCAUGCCUUCUCUGCUGGGCAGCUGGUUCCAGAUCCCCAGCCUGAGGGGAAAUAUGAGCCCCUCCUAAGUCUCCUCCAGCAAGACAGAUGCUUAGCGCAUCCUCAAGAAUCUGCCAUGUGGGAGGAUUGCAACUCUGCCCAGAUAGCCGGAAGCACAGGCUCGCUCUUCAACCUGCCUCCCAGCUCAGCCCACUAUAAGAAAAUAUAUUUCCCCCCCGAUCGCGGACCUGCCAGUGCUGGUGUUGCAUAUGAAAAAAGCCAGUCUCCAGAGAGAAGAAAAGAUCUGUUCUUUUAUUGAACUUCGGUGUGAAGAAGAGAAUUCCUUUUUGUAAACCUGCUCCUGAUUUUCUACUGUGAAUCCAGAGGGUCUAGAGACAUCACCAUCUUUUUUUUCUUCCUGCCACUGAAGAGCACUGAGUCAGGAGCAAGUUUCUGUUCUCGCUAAAACAGUACACUUCCUUGGCACCUUCUCUUCCUUAGCACCUAUGCCCUGUGACAGGGGUUUUCAAACUUGUUAAAUGAAUCAUCAGCAUAUAAAAUCAUUAAAAGAGGUGUUUAAGGAUGGGAAGCAUAGAGGCCCACCUGCUUGCCCAUCCCACCACUCCCUGCACCCACUCCCCUCCUACUUAGAAAUCACAGUCCCCUCACCCUCUAGCAGCAGGGUCUUUCAAACCAAGACUGACCGCAUGGUAUUCUAUGGGGUGUCCCACUUUUCCAGCUGAAGAGAGAUACUGGGAACAGCCUGAAGCUUUCCAGCCUUAACCAGACUGUGGCCAACUUCACUCCUGCCACUACCAAAAGCAAACUAAAAAUGGAGUGGACAAGACCCAUUGAGAAUGGGUUGAGGCUGGGCAUUCCCUGGAGCCUCCAAGUCUGGAAGGAAGGUGAAAAAGUCUCAGGCUGGCCCUGAGGAAUGAAAUACUUUCACUUGGAACAUUUAAUUCCUCAAUUUGAAAGAGGCGAUUCCAAAUGGAAUUGCUGAGAAAUCUGAGAACUAACUUAUUGGAAGUUAGUUAGUUGGCAAACUGCCCCAUCCCAAGUUGGGCCUAGAGUAAGUUGUGUAUCCAGAGUAUUUCUUAGAUGCAGUUCCCUGAGUUCCUGUCUGCCCUCACUCUGAGGGUGAGGACUCUGGCAUCUGACACCCCACAGGUGUUCAUCUGGACCUUGGCAGCACCUUACAGCCUUCCACAGGGGCCCACCUGGCUUCCAAACACAAUGUAACUUUUUCUUGAGUUCUUUCACUGUCAGUGACAUCUGGGAAGUAUUAACUUUCUUUUCAGCACAAAGUUGGGGCCACCCAUGUGGAUACCCACAGCGGUUUAGACAAACUAGAGGUGAAAGGCAAAGCUUGUUUAAGACAUGGCAGCAGGAAUCCCUGCAGAUUGUUCCAGAUAAAAUGACAAGUUUCUCCAAGCUCAUCCAUCUCUCCAAUCUAGUAGACAGACUUGUGUCCCGUGUGAGCUCAGUACAUAUCUCGUGACAACCUUGGAAGCCCCUGCUGUCAAUGUUCCCCAUUCACACCCCACUUGCUCCUGUGUUACAGCUCAGAGGGUGAAUAAUAAAACUCCACUUUUUUGGAUUA